UAUAUAUAUUGGAACAUAGGACGAUAGAGGAAGACCACACACACACACACGCAUAGAGAGAGAGAGAGAGAGAGAGAGAGAGAGAGAGAGAGAGAGAGAGAGAGAUGAGUGGGGAAAGAAAUGGCCACGUGGAGGAAUCGACGAUCAUGAUUCCUAAAGUGAAGUUCACAAAGCUCUUCAUCAAUGGAGAGUUCGUUGAUUCAGUAUCAGGGAAAACUUUUGAGACAAUUGAUCCAAGAAGCGAAGAAGUGAUUGGUAAGGUUGCGGAAGGCGAUAAGGAAGAUGUGGACUUGGCGGUCAAGGCUGCCCGUGAGGCGUUCGAUCACGGCCCAUGGCCCAGACUGCCCGGAUCUGAAAGGCGGAAAAUAAUGCUGAAAUUCGCAGACCUAAUCGAGCAAAAUCUAGAAGAACUAGCUGCCUUAGACGCAAUGGAUGCAGCAAACUUGUACCUUUUGGGAAAGAUCGUGAUGAUCAACAACGGAAUCGAACUGUUCCGCUACUACGCCGGCGCAGCCGACAAAAUUCACGGCGAAACCUUAAAAAUGUCGAAGCAGCUGCACGGCUACACGCUGCUCGAGCCGAUCGGCGUGGUCGGUCACAUAAUACCGUGGAAUUUCCCGACUCAGAUGUUCUCCAUGAAAGUCGCGCCGGCGCUCGCCGCCGGCUGCACAAUGGUUGUCAAGCCGGCUGAACAAACUCCCCUUUCCGCUCUCUUUUAUGCUCAUUUGGCCAAACUGGCCGGUGUACCCGAUGGAGUCCUCAAUGUAGUGACGGGGUAUGGAUCUACGGUUGGUGCUGCAAUCAGCUCCCAUAUGGACAUUGACAUGGUGAGUUUCACGGGGUCGACGGUGACGGGUCACCGGAUAAUGCAGGCGGCAGCGACAAGCAACUUGAAGCAAGUUUGCCUAGAAUUGGGAGGCAAGUCUCCGUUCAUCGUCUUCGACGAUGUCGACGUUGAUAAGACUGCUCCACUUGCUCUCAAUGCUUGUCUCUACAACCAGGGCCAAAUAUGUGUGGCUGGGACUCGUGUGUUCGUUCAAGAAGGGAUCUAUGAUAAAUUCGUAGGUAGAUUGUUGGAGCAGCUCAAAACAUGGGUUGUUGGUGACCCUUUUGAUCCCAAUGUUAAUCAGGGCCCACAAGUUGAUAAAAAACAGUACGAAAAAGUUCUAUCAUACAUUGAGGUUGGCAAGAAGGAAGGGGCCACCUUGUUGACCGGCGGAAAGCCUCUCGAUCGGAAGGGAUACUUCAUCGAGCCCACUAUAUUCACUGAUGUCACGGAUGAUAUGACCAUUGCCAAGGACGAAAUUUUUGGACCAGUUAUGUCAAUCAUGAAAUUCAAGAGUAUGGAAGAGGUUAUAAAGAGGGCGAACAACACAAAGUAUGGAUUGGCAGCAGGGAUCAUGACCAACAACCUUAACACUGCAAACACGGUUUCGAGAUCGAUCAGAGCUGGUACAAUUUGGAUAAAUUGUUAUUUUGCUUUUGACAAUGAUGCACCAGUGGGAGGUUAUAAAAUGAGUGGAUUUGGCAAGGAUAUGGGAAUCAACGCCCUUCACAAGUAUCUUCAUGUCAAGUCGAUUGCCACUCCCAUAUAUAAUUCUCCAUGGCUCUGAAUAUUUCAUUGCAUUUCAUCUUUUUUGGGGAUUUGGUUUUGGGACAUUUAUAACACUCAUCUCCUAUGUUGAUUGUUACAUUUGUUUCUGUCAUCUUGGUGAUACCUAUAUGUAUUAUAUGGUGCUGUGAUUGUAUGGGGAAUAAAAUUGCAUGUUUAAAGUUUUUUGUUUUUCA